UUAUUUGACGGCUCAAGUCAAGAACGCUUCACUAACGCUCUGUGUGUGAUUGACUGAGCUUUUGUACACGUUUCCUUUAUUUGGUUUAAUUAUAAUAACUUUAAAAUGUUCCAUAUUUGUGCUAAAAAUUCUUAUUUAAAAAGUAUGACUUCUGCGAAUCAGGGUUUGAAAUCGACUGAAACCCAAAUAUCCUGAACGUAAAAUUUAAUAUUGUAAUUUAUUAUCUUUUAUAUUCAAUAAUAUUAAGUCGUUUUUCAAGUGUCCCCAAUAUGUUUCUAUCCAACACUGAUAAGUGAGUCUGCCUUAUCAUUUCUGCUCAAGAUAAAAUUUAUUCAGUCUUAUUCACACCAAGUAAACAGGUGUUUCUUGAAUAUUAAAUAUAUUUUUUUGAAUAGUGUUUGUUAUUUGCUCUAUUAUUUUGUGCAAAAAGUUACAUACAAAAAGUAAAAAUGGCAUCCAGUGAUGCUGAGAUUAAGGAUGGAUUCAACCUGCCUGUCUGGAUGAAGAUGAAACCUACUAGAGAUUUCGAGCCUUUCGCCGCCUCACCCCCCGGGCAGGAUGAUGCCUUCUUCAUCCGAUACCCCAACACCAAAGCUAUGUUCGGAGCCAACCUAGAGCGCGACGUCGCGAAAAUCGUCAAAGAACCGACGGGGCUUAAAGAGAAGGAUUGGUCGAAGCACACCAAGCCGUGCCAAGACGUGCUUCACGGCAUCGCGCCAAUCAACACAGCUGCGAACCCGAUAUCGCCGAAGGUGUUGGGCACCGAUGAAGAGUUCAAGGGCGAGGGCGCCGCGUGCGGCAACUCCGUUGUCAAGGUCGCCCACCAGAUGAUCUCGUCGACGCGUUCCCCGCGCGGGUUCACGGUGGCGGCGCCGGCGGAGGAGGCGGCCGAGCCGCCCGACGCGGCGCGCUACGACCUGAUGGCGCGGCGCGGCAGUCGCAGCCUGCCCGCCACGCCCGCGCACUCGCCGCCCGGCAGCCCCAACUCCCGCCGCAAGAACAGGGGCAACCGCUACUUCACUUCACCGUUCGAGCCAGCGGACGACGCGAGCCACCGCUCCUGGUUGACCAUGGCGCUGCUGGGCUUCAAGAAAGAUCUGACCACUUCCACAUCUACACUCGCCGAGGAGGACGCACUCGAAGCCAGAUUACACGGUUCCCUCGCAGAAUCAGUGGAGAGCCUCGGUCCAGCGCCCCGCAACAGAGCCGCCCCCGCCUCCGCGGCCUCCCUCGCCUCCUCCCUCGCCUCCUCCUCCGCCUCCGCCUCCGCCUCCGCCUCCGCGGCCGCUGCAGCCGCCGGCCCCGCCCCCGCCGCCGCCAAGCCCGCGCCCGCCUUCCGCCCCCGCCCCUCCGAACUACGGGAGAUGAACUUCUGGUCGCCUACAUCUAUGUAAGGCUCCAACUUGAGGAGUAUCUCGCGAAUCUUACUUCCUCGUAUAUCGAUUCGUGAGCUUUAAAAUUAGGGGACUCAAAAACCCUAAUGUUGACGUAAAGUCGAUUUUAAAACAAUCAUUAUGGGGAUAUAAGAAUUCGUAACGAGACGCUCCUUGGUUAGGUACCGCUACGCUGUAUUUUAAAAAUAUACCUAUCUAUUUAAUUAUCUAUUUAGGUAAACGUGACUCGCUGCAUUUACGUGCAGUAAAAAAGUGUACAGAUCGAUUCACCAACACUUAUGUGAGGUUGUACUAAUCUAUUCAUGCCUUAGACCAUAUCGCCGGCUUUUCUAGUUUUCCGUUGUGACACAAUCAUCUUGGUCUUAGCACAGAAUAAAUAAUAGUACUAGGUACAGAAGACUCACUCUAACAAAACGCAUCGGUUACGAUCAGCACAGAUAUGGCCGGUGGCGACAGCGCCACGCGCGGCUUAUGGCAUUCCCCAAAAUUGGUGUGGAACGGAUGUGCUUUUAGCUACCUGUAGCAAAGCGACGAAAUCGCGGAGUGAGCAACGCCUGGUCUUAGCCAGUUAUCAAUUAGUUCAAGUAUGAUAAUCACACAAUUAGAUUUGUCUGAUAAAGUACUUAUUUCGCCGUUCAGAUCUUUCCAUUUCCAUUCUAGUAGUUUUCCUCGUAUGAAGGUCAAUCUGAAGUAAACAUGUAAUUUAAUUAGCUGGCUUAUCUAUAAUAAUGAUGCAAAGUAAUAGUAUUAUUAACACAUGAUCGCAAGCAUUAAGGAGCUAUGAAAAUAUAUAACUGCGCCAAAGAAUAGGCCUUCUUUGUUAUUUUUCUUAUAUAUUUAAUAAUUAUAAACCUGCAAUUUUGUCUAGCAAACGAGGACGCAAAAUUUGCAAAACACUUACAAAAGUAUGAAAUUCUUAAACUGGCCACGCUUAAGCCGAGCUUUUGGCGCAGGUAUAUUUCGUGCAUAUAUAUUUUGUACAAAUGUCUCGUUUUUACUGUCGCAUACAAUUAUGUUACUAUUUAAUUAUACAGCUUGUUUAUAAAUUAAGACUAGUUAUAUUUCAUUUAAUAACAUCGUUGCGUCACCGAGGUUAAUAGGGACCGAUAUCAUCGCCAAUUUUAAGAAUUGUCGUUGUUAUGCAAAUGAAAACCCUAUUCAUAACUGCAUAAGAGUGUAAAAGAGUUUAUGCCUUUAAGGAGACGGUACUAGAGUGUUCUUGAUUGACUGGUCGUAUUGAUUUCAUGAGGUUUUGUCUGAUAUUGUACUAAAUUCUUUGAGACCAUUUUGCACUAAAGUUGUAACAGAAUGCUACAUUUUGGAUGUUAUACGGUGCCAAACAUAAAAAAUUAUAGAUUGUACAUUUAUUAAAGUUAUAUAUCAGCGUAGCGAGUAGGGUAUGAAUCUUCCGUUUUAGAUUAUUCCACUAUUUUUAAGUCCUGUGUGUUGUGAAUGAAUUGUUACUAGAGUCCGUCUAAGUUAAGUUUGCACCGACUUGAAUAUAACAAAGUUAGAGAGUGUCAUUAUAACAUAUUUUCCAUUAGAAAUUUGAGAUUAAUGACUACAUUGUCACACUUUAUCAUUACAAAUGCCAUGCAGUGUUAGCUUGGUGCGACUUUUAUUUUUCUGAUAGAAAUGACUGAAUGAUUAUGACACAUUUUUUUUAUUUUUAAGUCAAAUCACGUUUUGAUAUUACUAUUGUUUUAAUCCAUUUAUAUCAUCAAUUCAUUUAUUAUAGUAUCUGAGUAUCUAGCAUAAACUGGGAUAAGUCGAUCAUAGUUAUAGAUUUUAUUUGAUUAUUACUUAGUUAUAGCGAUGUUGUAACUUUGGAUAAUUAAUGUUCGUCGGUUUAAUGUAGUUGGUUGAACCAAUGUUCAAUUAUAUGCUUCAUUAUAUGUUAAGCUAAAUUAUGAUGACUUUUUUCAGUGUAAUAUAUACUUAUUAGUGGGUAGUGGCCAUGCUAUUAUCACAGUAUGAAUUAACGAUUAGUUAACUCGAUAAUACACCAUAACUCAUGUUAAAAACAAAAGCUAUCUAGUUUACAUUUACAAAAUGAUUUUAAUGAAUUCUGAAAUUAAUGAAAUUUGUUUGUAAAUAUUAUCGAUUAAUACACUUCGUUUUUAACAUUCACUAAUUCAUUUAAUUUAUACUCAACACUACUUAUCGAAGAAAGCUUUUCCGAGAUCAUAUUGCAAUAUUGUAUACUCGGGGGCGAUAGAGAGAUUGCGGUGACAUUGUAAUCCCGUGCUAAAGUAUGAUAUUAUUUUUAAGUUAUUCUGAUAUUGAAUGUUAUAUAACAACUAAAAAUUAGACAAUUCAGUAAGAACUUGAGCAGAAAUCAUAAAGUAAUCUUAAUUCUUUUCUUGUUAAGCAUAAGCAAAAAAAAAACGCACAUGAAUUGUGUAAUGUUGAAAUAAAUGUUCUUCUCCACAGAA